AUCAUUCAGUGUUUACCUUCACAAUUUAACUAAUAUUUUAAUUUUAAAUAUUUCGUAUAAACUAUAUUUUAAAUUAAAACAUGGCAUUUAAGCUCGUGAUUUUUGGUACUCUUUUCGUCAUAUGUAGCGCUAGACCUGGUCUGAUUGGAAAUGGAUUAGGUGCGAUAGCUACACCUGGAAUAGCUGUUGCUCCAGCUGUUUCUGUUAACUCUGGAAUAAGCACUCAAUCACGCGUUGACUAUAGAACUCCAGUUGUAACCUCCGUUGCUCUUCCUGCUGUUGCUACCUCUGUUGCGUUGCCAGUUGUUGCCCCUGCCGCUUAUGGGAUUGGAUAUGGUCCAGCAUUAUCUGGAGGAUAUGGAGGAUAUGGAGGAUAUGGUAGUUAUGGUAAUGGUCAUGGACAUUAAGAGAUACAUCAUGUUAAUUAUCUUCAGUUCUAAAAUAAACAUCUGAUAAAUAAUUGUAAAAUUUUAUUCUAUGAUGUUUGAAUAAUAUUUAUCUUUACAACUGA